UUAACGACUCAACACUAAUCCCUCGUCCAGAAACCGAAACACUCAUCGAAUAUAUUCUGCAAAAAUUCGGCGACCAACAAAAUAUUAACUUGUUGGAUAUGGGAACAGGCACUGGCGCUAUCGCCAUUGCAUUAGCCAAUGAAAAACCUCAGUGGAAUAUUGCUGCUUGCGACAUCUCGCCACAAGCAAUACAACUUGCCCAGCAAAACAGCGUAAAUCAUCAAACCAAUCACAUCACCUUUAUACAAAGUGAUUGGUUUAAUAAUAUCCAAACCAAUGAUUUUGACAUUAUCGUCAGCAACCCACCUUACAUCGCUGAAGAUGAC